AUGGCCCGGAUCAAGCAGGCUGUCCGCAAAUAUGAUCAUGAAGCUUCUUAUAAGCUUUCAGCGAAGCUGAAAGCUUUCCAGACCGCGCAAGCGGCUGCAAAAAAUCCCGAGCCUUCCUCUGCUGGUGAAAAAUCUAGACCUUCGCAAUCUCCCAUAUUAAAGCCGUAUCGCUUUCGUCCUGGUGCGGUAGAACUCCGUAAAAUUCGCCGGUAUAAAAAAAGUACAGAGCUUGUCAUCCGCAAAUUGCCUUUCCAACGGCUCGUCAGUGAAAUCACCAGGAGUUUCAAAGCUGGGUUUCGAUGUCAAUCUGCUGCUCUUGCGGCUCUUCAGGAAGCUGCCGAAGCUUAUCUCGUUGGUUUGUUUGGAGAUACCAAUCUUUGCGCUAUCCACGCCAAACGCGUCACUAUACAGCCCAAGGACAUGAUCUUGGCUCUUCGGAUUCGCGGAGAGCGUCGAAUUCUUUAA